GACCACUGCGCAUUCCCACCACUUUUGUUUAAGCUUACGUCAUAUUCGUGUAGCAUCGGAAUGAAUCGGAUGUACUCGGUGAUUCGCAAUGGCUGCGUUCGCUCGGUUCGCUGUUUAUGUCGAGUAAUUCGUUUGUGAUUAUUACAGUGUACGCAAUGACGUGUAAUGUGAAAGGGUGUGGGAACUAUCUGGCAAAGACCAGAAAGAUCGAAGGAAAUAAAAUAAAAUAUUUUUCCUUCCCAAAGGAUCCAGCACUGUGUAAUAAGUGGCGUCAAGCAUGCGGAAAAGAAAAUAUUUCACCAAAAUAUGCUAGGAUAUGUUCGAAGCAUUUUGCUGAUGAAGCUUUUACGAAGCCCUUACAAGAACAUCUACUAGGUUAUUCACCUACACGAACUAGGAAGAUACAUCCUGAUGCUAUCCCGACGUUGCAUCUCCAUGCAGUACCUCCACUAACAUCAAACGAAAAUGUGUUAGCUGAAACAAUGCCUUUGCCUGUAUCAAAUGAAGUUUCGAUUAAAUAUUUGCAUUUAUUGUUAUUUGAUCUUUUAUCUGCAUCUUUCCUCUGCAUAUAUAGUUCUUUAUGUCGUACGCCACAAUAUAUUUUUGUUUUGCGUCUCAGCUGACAAUUCUUUUCCAAUCGUUUUCCGACCAGUUUUGAUUAAAACUAAUAAUUCGCAGAAUUUUAAUAAUAAAUGACUGGAAAUUAAAA